UACUACCUUCUCCUGGUGGUUCUACUCUGCUUCCUGCUUCCCGCUGCUAUUCCUGUACGAUUUUGGGGUGAAUCGCCGCUGGUCGCCUUCUACACGGCGUCUCUGUUCCGUUACUGCUUUUUGCUCCACGCCACAUGGUUUAUUAAUAGUGUCGCACACAUGUUCGGGUACAGGCCUUACGACAGUCGUAUCACUCCGGUGGAAUCUGUGUCUGACGUCCGUGGCGGCAAGUACUCACUGAAGCUGAACUGGACAUGCAUUUUCAUCGACAUGUUCGCCGCGAUUGGUUGGGUCUACGAUCGGAAAUCCGUGUCAGAGGAGUACAUCAAGAGACAAUGUGAAAAGUACGGUGACCCAGAAAAACGAGACAAAUGGUCUUCAUACAUG